UACCCGUUUUACCAGUGCCUGACAUUGAGCGUUGUCUCUGGAUAAGAACAUACAGAAACUCAGUAAAAUAGUCGGAUUAUUCGUGACAUCACAGAGGAAGUGUUCAAAGAGCGUAAUCACCGAGCGAGGCGCUGUGAAACAGGAUGGAAGACAGAUGAAGCAUUUUAAAAUUCCACGUUGAGGUAUAACGGAACACAUAAGCCUCCAUACUGGUGAUAAAACCUUAUAGAAAUAAUAUGUCUGAAGGUGUGCAAUCUGACUGAACAUUUACAGAGUCGCAUGGGUAUAUACACAGUCGUCUUUACCUUACGAAUGUGAUAUCUGUCCAAACACGUAUACUAUAGCUGAAAGAUUAAAGAAACACAUGAGAAUGGAUACCGGGGAACAACUUUCUAAAGGUAAUGAAAGUGGGCAGGAAUGGAAAGUUACAGAGAAAUUAAAGAAGCAUAUGGAAACACACACUGAUGAUAUGCCUUAUAAAUGUGAAAUAUGUGGGAAGAAGUUCCGUUACAGAUCUUCUUUACAGAGUCACAUGAUAACACACACAGGUGACAGAUCUUUUGAAUGUGAUAUGUGUGGAAAGGCGUAUGGUUUGGCAGGAAAUUUAAAGAAACACAUGGUAACACAUACAGGUGAAAAACCUUUUUUGUGUGACGUCUGUGGGAACACGUAUCGUCAGUUAGGAUCGUUACAGACACACAUGAGAAUUCAUUCAGGUGAUGGGCUUCAGAAAUGUGAUGUCUGUGGGAAAACAUUUACUCUUGCAAAAUCCUUAAAGGAACACAUGAGAACACACACCGAUGAGAGACCUUACGAAUGUGAUGUUUGUGAAAAGAGGUAUAGUCUAGCGGGAAAUUUAAAGAAACACAUGGUAACGCAUACAGGUGAUAAAUCCUUUCAUUGUGCUGUAUGUGGGAACACUUAUUUUCAUUCAGGAUCUUUACAGGUACACAUGAGAGCACAUACAGGUCAUAGACUUAAAAAAUGUGAAAUCUGUGGGAAAACAUUUCCCUUUGCAGCCUCCUUAAGGAUACACAUGAGAACACACACAGGUGAUAAACCUUAUAAAUGCGAUGUCUGUGGGAAAUGUUUCACUCAAUCAGGACAGAUACGGAGACACUUGAAAACACAUGCAGGUGAUAAGUCUUAGAAAUAAGCUAUAGUAGUUUAAGAAAUAAGCUAUAGUAGGUUAAUGUUUUUGAGAAGGUAUUUCGUGGAUCGGGGAAAUUAGAAGGACACAUGAAGUUCAAGUCGGAUAUAGGUGAAAUGCCUUAUAAAUGUGAUGUCUGUGGAAAGACGCAUACUUUAGCAGAAUAUUUAACGAGACACAUACGGGUAAUAAUCCUUAUGAAUGUGAUGCAUGUGUGAACACUUAUAGUCAGUCUGGAUCUCUACUGGCACAUAUAAGAACACAUCGUUGAUAGACUUAAUAAUACCAUAUUUAUCCUUAAGAAAAUGUAACGACUGUGGGAAAUCAUUGUCUUUUGGAUAUGCCCUAAGGAUACACAUGAGAACAUAAAUGUGGGACUGUGUCUUUUGGAUAUGCCCUGAGGAUACACAUGAGAACAUAAAUGUGGUGUAUGAGGGACAACAUUUCCUCUUGCAAAAUCCUUAAGACCUUACAAAUGUGAAGUCUGUGGAGAAACUUUGAUUGAAUCAGGGAAAUUAGUGAAAGAUAAAAAGGCACACACAGGUGAUACACAUUCUAGAUGUGAUAUAUUUGGGAAAUGGUUUCGUCAGUCAAUAGAUUUUCAGGUACACAUGAGGACACAUACAGGUGAUAAUCACUAUCAAUGCUAUAUGUCUGAAGGAAGACAUGUUCUCAACUCGUGCUCUUAAGAAUACAAAUGAGGAUAGUCAUACAUAUGUACAUAUGGGGUCAUAAACCUUACCAAUGUGAUGUGUGUCAAAGGACAUUUUCAAUACUUUAUGCAACUUAAAGAAACACUUGAAACAAACACAAGAGACAGUAUGCCUGUGGUGUGGGUGACAUGGUUUUUUGGUCACCUCACUCACUCGGAUGACCUUUUGCCGUUGGUCUUCCUUUUAACCAAAUUUAAUUUCUUUUUAAAUCUGUAUUUACAAACAAUUAUCACUUGACCGACUUUAAAUAAUUUUCAGUAGACAAUCAUGUGACAUUUGGCCAUUUCAUCUUCUACAAACAGAAUUUGUGUCAAUCAUCUCAACAAAUAUUCAUUUAAUGUUUCCUAACCAUGUCCUAUGACUUUACCAUUAAAAGAGUGAUACAAGCUUGCAAUUAUUC